GCGACUUUUUCGACGAGCGGCCGUCAUAAGAACUAUGAGCUCAGCAUUGCAUUGCUGUCGAAAAUGGCGUCUGGUUCGGAGCUGCCAGAAUAUUCGUCCUCGGUAAAGCGUCGGAAAAUCGAGGGCCAAGUUUACGGAGUUUCUGUACCUUCAGAUCUCGAUUUUUCCGAGACUAAACCAACUCGUCAAUCACCACGCACUGAUUUAGAAGAACCACUUAGUGGAGAUAGCGGAUUCACUGAAUUAAGUGAGGGAUCUAAAUCAAUGUCUACUACUCCAGAUCUAAUGCACUUAACACCAUCUCGAACCGAUUCAACAAGUGACGAUACUGGAUGCCCACUCGAUACAGCAGAUGAAAAGGAUGAAGUAUCAUCAACUGUUUCAAAUCUAUCAGAUUUGUCUGGGUUAUCUGACCUCUCUGAGGAUUCCGGUCAUCUGUGGCGAAACGCAUCUUCGUGGGUGCAGAAACAAAUGAUUACCGGAACUAAUCCACGUGAAUUACUUCAGCAUUUAUUGAUGGAUCCUACACAAAUUCCAGAGCAAGUUGACGACAUAACAUUAUGGAAACUUGUAUUGAAUAUCAUGUCGGAUCCACCCCGAAGACAUAAGCUUGAACAUAUUAAUACGCUAGCAGAUGUUGUAAGACUUAUUAAAAAUAGUAAAAAAAUAAUUGUAUUAACCGGUGCUGGUGUAAGCGUAAGCUGUGGAAUUCCAGAUUUUAGAAGUAGAGAUGGAAUAUAUUCAAGACUUGCUCAGGAUUUUCCUGAUUUACCUGACCCACAAGCAAUGUUCGACAUUAAUUAUUUCGGUCAGGAUCCGCGACCAUUUUUCAAAUUUGCGCGUGAAAUUUAUCCAGGGCAAUUCAAACCAAGUCCGUGUCAUCGAUUUAUAAAAAUGCUUGAUAAAAAGAAAAAAUUAUUGAGAAAUUAUUCUCAGAAUAUUGACACAUUGGAGCAAGUUGCAGGAAUAGAAAACGUGAUUGAAUGUCAUGGAUCUUUCGCUACAGCGUCCUGUACUAAAUGCAAAUAUCAAGUCACAGCAGAAGAUAUCAGAGCAGACAUUUUUGCCCAAAGAAUUCCUCUAUGUCCUAAGUGUUUUACGAAUUCUUUGCCAUCGCUGUCAAGCACUAAUACCAAUGAUAACUAUUCAAAUUUUGUUUCACAAGGAAUAAUGAAACCAGAUAUUGUAUUUUUUGGUGAAGGUCUACCAGAUGCUUUUCAUGAUGCAAUUGCUAAUGAUAAAGACGAAUGUGAUCUUUUAAUAGUAAUCGGUUCAUCAUUAAAAGUUCGACCAGUUGCAUUAAUUCCGUCCUCUAUUCCGUCGCACGUUCCACAGAUACUCAUUAAUCGAGAGUCUUUGCCUCAUUUAAAGUUUGAUAUUGAACUUCUUGGAGAUGGAGAUAUUAUAAUAAACCAAUUAUGUCACUUAAUUGGCGAUGAGUUUGAGGAAAUUUGUUGGAAAAAAGAAAUUUUAGAAGAGACACCACAUCUACUGCCUCCACGAUUUAUUACCGAUGAUUCUUGGGAACGAAGUCAAGAUUCAACUAUUAAUCAAGAACUUUCGCAAGACAGUACAGAAGUUGUUCUUAAGACUUAUCACAAUGUUUCGACGGAAAGCCAGGACAGUUUAAUGAUUAACUCAAACACCACCCCCAAGAGACUAGAAAACACAGAUAUUUGCAUAUCUCCGUUUCAUGCUGGUCAUAUGGAAGCCGCUGAAGAAAGUUUUGCGUUGCUUGGCGAAAGUCCAAAAAGACCAUUAGGUGAUUCCAGUAUAGAAAGUAGUCCUAAACGAAUUAAUUUGGAUGUAAGGACGUCACCACAAUCAUCAUCCUCUGGAUUUACAUCGAGAUCAUUGGAUGAUUCUGAAGAAAUUAGUUACUCAGCAUCUCGGUACAAUCGAGUAAUUUCAGUAGAAUCAACUUCUGAAAAUAAUGGUCAUAUUUACAAUCUUGAAGAAUGUCAUGUUGUACCGAGAAUAAUCAACGACUCGCAGAGAUACCCAAUGAGCUCUUCGGAUGACUCAAUUGAUAAUAAUCGAUUGAAUAAUUCCAACACCACUGCAGACGUUGAUUCUUCAAACGAUUCGGAGGAAUUACUGGAUUCUAAUGAAUCAAAUGGUAAACCCCGACAUAUUUCAAUUGAUUCUGCUAUUGAUUCAGGGCUAGGCGACAGUUGUAAUAGCGUCGAUAGUUCUGAUGAAAAAGGUACCACAGAUCAAGAAGACUCCAAACGACACAAUUUGCAAAGACAUUGUUGGCAGCCUGAAGUUAAAGAAAGUCUUGCCAGCCGACUACCAGAGAAUACGUAUUAUCAGGUUUCUUCAGGAAAAUACAUCUUCACAGGGGCUGAAAUUUAUAUUGAACCCCCCGAUGAUUAUGAGCAAUUAUCAUCGUCGUCAUCAAGAUCUCCAACGAUGUCAACCAUGAUCCGCCCGGAAUCGGAAUACAGAUCCACAUAA